AUGCUUUUGCCUACCUAUAUAACUCACAGCGAGCCAUAUCAGGUCGCAUCUAGCUCACCUGUUGAAAUGGAGGACAAUCCUAUUUUUUCGCACAAUAAGUCACCACUGCCAGACUGGUGGAAGGCCCCAGACCCCAAAAAGUUCCCUAUAAAGGCUUUUCUAUUUCGUGCACUCUGCUUGAUCUCGGUAGCCAGACCCUCUGUCGACCACCACUGGCAGUCUUUCACAGACGAUGACGAAUGGGAGAAACAACAGAGGAAGAUUAUCAAUCGAUUGUGUAACACUAACAUAGUGGCUGGCUUGGUGCUCACUACUUCCGCGGUCUUUGUUUCAACACAACCACCCCUGACAUCAUUUCUUCCUUAUGCAUUGCGUGGUUCCUAUAUUUUUGUCUUUUUGUCAUUCGUACAUGCGCUCGGUUCUAUGUUGUGCGGUUUAGCGGUGGUUAACAUAUACGAAGCCUGUGAUCGAACAUGGGUUAAAGACGUUUGUAGCGAAUCUGGCCUUGCACGUAUCGAUAUGCACGCAAUUGCAGGUCUUGACGGCUUCGCGCUUUCGAUUGUGUUGUACGCUUGUGUUCAUCGGCUGGCCGAGUAUAUCCCUCACUGUUUCUAUGAUUUUGUUAAUACUAGCAAUCCUGAUCGCAUGUUAUGCUCCCGGAGUUUGGUGGGUUCAAUGCUUGGUGACGAUAGAAGUCUUGUCCUGGGCAUGGCUACCUCCUCUCUUCGUCUGGUGCGCAAUCCCUCAAAUGGAUCGCAAAGAGAGUGGAGAAUCACAGGGUCUUGAUACAAUAGUAGACUAUGUUCGAUCAUUUUGCUUCAAUUGCAAAAUGACGAACCCCCGCGCCAAAUUUUAGAUCUUGAUCAAACUCCAGAACAAUUCUAGAACUGCCAUUCGAUUAUACAAGCAAC